ACAAGUAAUUGGUUCCUUUGUCAAUAUUAUGUGGAAGUUUGUUUAGUAAUGUUUUGUAGUUUACGGAAACGCGAUCUCUUGCUAAGAAGUGGCCAGUCAGCGUGUAUUGUAACGGGAGAGCGGUCUUAUGACACACGAGAGACUUUUUCGGCGCAAAAUAUCAAUACGAGGAACGUGGAAAAAAAUAAAUAAAUAAAAAGUAGUACUUUCUCGAUCGAGAUUCGAACCUCGCAGGCAGUGUAGAGUGAAGUGUAAAAUUAUUUGUGUUUUUAUCGCCUCGUCCAUCAUACAUAACCGGGUGUAUGUCAAACGCGCUCCUUCGCUCUCUAUAUCUCUCGCGCUGGCUAUCUAAUUCUAUUUAUCUCCGUGUCUCGGACUCGAUCGAUUUUGACUUAUCGACCGACUAGCUUGCUUAGCAUAUACUGUUAAUCAGUAGUAGCGCGUUGAUUGUUGAAUGAUGUGGUCGGUAACCGCAGACGGAUGCGAGUGAAGUUUCAUCGGCCGUACAUACAAAGCAUAUUCUUCACGUGUGUUAACAUUAUUAUCCGCGGAUAGUUAGCUUCGAAACGUUGAACUGAGUGAUUCGCCGUGAGUAAUCUCCAAGAGUUUUCGGAGGUCAACGAAACGAACAUGCGUCCCUGAUUACAAGUGUUUUUGUGGUGCUGUUCAGAGAAAAUAUUAUCUUGCAUUACCUACGCGCGAUACAUGACAAAGUGAUAAACUUACGCAGAAUAAGUUUGUGCAAUAAGUUGCAAUGAGCAAUAGUAUCCUCAUGUUUAUGUUGAAUUAUGAAGAAUAAGUGGUUAGUUUGAAGAAGGAUUGUCGCCAGAAACUGAAGGAACAGUGUUGAGAAAUGAUUCAAGUCGACUCUGUUGGAUACUCAAGAGUGAACAAUGAAUCGAACGUGAAUGAAGAUAUGAAGGAGAAUGAUUGUAACGGUAAAGAUAGCAUAAUCCCAAGACCUUCGGUAGAGUUACUAACAAAAAUGUCGGAAGAAUUUGUGGAAAAUGAGUGCGGAAAGCGGGAAAAGUUAAAGGAUCAUCAUCACCAUCCUCAUCAUCUCUCGACGCGACAUCAUCAACACGAUCAGGACGAGAUGAUGCAUGGCGAUAGUAACAUGAGUGACGAAGAGAAUGACGAGGACAGCAGUCGUAACGCCGAUGAAGCUGAUAACAAGAAGACUGAGUUUCAUGAUCGCAGUUUAACGCCUCACAGUAUGGUGGAUGAAUCGUCGGUCACAGGUUCGGCAGCCGCCGCUGUUGCCAUCGCAGCCGCUGCUGCUGCGGCUGCAUCCAAAAGUCCUGUGGGUGCAUCUUCGGCGUUACCAAAUGAAUUCAAUCCUGCGGCAUUUUUUCCUCCACCGGGACAAAUGUCUAUUCAGGCUUUCCAGAAUGCGAUCGCUCAGUUUACCGCCAAUGCUUUGGCCAACAAUAUGGACAACGAUACGGUGGUGAAGAAUCUAGCGAUUUUGCAAUCUGCGUUAUUUACACUUCAGCAGCAGCAGUUUCUUCAAUUUCAAUUGAUUCAGCACCUGCAAUCACAGCUCGUCAAGAAACAAGCUCCGAAGGAAGAGCCUUCGAACGAUCAAACCAAUUGUUCAGUGUUUCAUCAUAACAAUAAUAAUAACAACAACAAUCUUAGUAAAAGAAAUGAACCUCAAGAUCUCCGAAAACCCGAAAGAACGGAAGAAGAAGAAGAGAUCGAAGAGGAAGGCAUCGAAGAUGCGUAUAGUAAAAGCUACCAGAUGGCUAGUAUAAUGGCCGCCGCUGCUUCUACUAAUACCGAAAAUCGUCCACUGAUUCAUCCGGUUCCGGAAGAAGAACUAAGGAAAUCAAAAACCGCUGAGCCGUUCGUUGAAAAGCGGCCACUGCUAGAACCAAUGCAUAAUUUGCCAUCAUCGACGGCAACAUCCAGUGCAAGUUCAAGUUUGACCACUUCUUUACAUUCAACCGCUGCUCGAGGCGGAACAUCCGAGAAGGAUGAAAUUUUACCAUAUCAGGAUUCCCAUUUUUCCUCUCUGGCGGCGAGCAUUAUAACAGAUCAUGCGCCAUCCAUCCUGGGUGAGCCAAACUCGCUAGCCAUGUUGGAGAAAAAGGCCCAGGAGGUGCUAAAUUCAGCCUCCCAAGGUAUCCUAUCUAACAAUCUACUAGACGAGCUUGCGUUCGCGAACGAUAAAUCAUCUCCCAAUGGGAGAAAUGAUGCUGCCCUGUUCAAACACCGCUGUCGAUACUGUGGUAAAAUAUUUGGCUCAGAUUCUUCGCUUCAAAUUCAUAUCCGAUCCCACACCGGAGAACGACCAUACAAAUGCAAUGUCUGUGGCAGUCGUUUCACAACUAAAGGCAACCUUAAAGUUCACUUUCAACGGCAUUCGGAUAAAUAUCCCCACAUACCGAUGAACCCAAAUCCCGUUCCGGAACAUUUGGACAAAUAUUUUCCUCCGUUGAUACCACAGGAGGCGCUGAAAGAGCAGCAGCAGCAACAACAGCAGCAACAGCAAUCCCAACCACCUCCACAGCAGCAAAUUCCUCCACCAGGACCUCCUUCGCAGUUUCCUGGCUUAGAUUCGCGUGCAUUCCCUCCCAGAAGUUUCUUCCCGGACUUUUAUUUACCGCGACCUCCAAUGGAAAUGUUCACGAGUUCGCUGAACGAACAUCCUCGAAAUCCGGUCGAUCUAUCGCAGGUUAAGAAACCAGAUCCGCCUCGAGAACCCACGCCAGAAAUGAGGCUUUCUCCGGAAAUAGUUAUAAAUGAAACCCCACAAAUAAAGCAAGAGCCGAUGGAGGAAUCGCUGGAUCUUUCCGAUAAAUCGUCGAAAAUUCAAAGGGAAGAAGAGAAGGAAGAAAUGGAGCAAGAAAAGGAGGAAAAUAUCAAUUUGAAUAACAGCACUAGCGAAAAAGAGUUUCCUUUGAAGCUGAAAAAUAACUCGGUGGAAAAUCUAGCAACGGUUCCGUCUGUAUCUCCUCCCUCGAGUUCUUCAUCGGGCUCAUUAUAUCAGGAUACAGUGCUGGAUCCUUCAUUCUAUUCAGCUCACCUGCCUCGUCCCGAUAGCAACGAUAGUUCGUGGGAAAAUUUUAUUGAAAUCUCCUCCGAAACAUCGAAACUGCAAGAGCUGGUAGACAACAUAGACAGUAAGACUACGGAACCCAAUCAAUGUUUGGUGUGUAAGAAGGUUCUAUCGUGUCGAAGUGCACUUCAAAUGCAUUACCGAGUGCAUACCGGUGAGCGUCCUUUCCGUUGUAAAAUAUGCGGCCGAUCGUUCACAACAAAGGGCAACUUGAAGACUCACAUGAGUGUCCAUAGAAUAAAACCUCCGAUGCGAACGCUCCAUCAGUGCCCUGUGUGUCACCAAAAGUUUUCCAACAUUUUCGUCCUGCAGCAACACAUUCGUUUGCAUACCGGAGAGAUGACGGAUCUGACUCCCGACCAAAUCAAAGCUGCCGAGAUCAAAGAAUACGAAGGUCCCGACAUGCGUUUGAAUCCGUUUGGAGUUCGAUUGAGUGAGCUUUCCCAAAGCAACCAAAACAAACGAGGAUUGGAACACUCGGACGAAGAGAAUGAUCACGAAGGACACCUUGAGAAACCUCAUAAGGUCCAAGUGAACGAAAAACAGAAAGUAAAAACAGGACAUACGUCACCGGUGAUCGAGAAUCAUGUGGAAGACCUACGUGCAAUAAAUCUGCAAAGAUUGUCGGUGCGAUCGUUAACGAAUGAAGACUUCUCACGGGACACAGCAUCUGCCAGUCCCAAUUCGUCUGAUGCCAAACGUCUGAGGUCGUCUAGCCCAAUUGGUUCGGUUUCAUCGGUUCUCUCAACCAGGUCACCAAUGUCUACACCUCCAACAUCCGGUGGUGAACAGAUAGGAGUGGGCGCUGCUGGAAGAGCCGCUGCUGCAGCGGCUGCGGCGGCUGCCUUUCCUUACGGACCUCCAUUCCUUGGGAUGCCCCAGUUCCCGCCGUUUAUUAACCGACCGCCAUUUCUUGGAAAUGUCCCAAUCGGGCCACCCGGAUCGAAUAUGCCUCCGUUCGGAUUGUUCGGCGUACGUGGAAACACAACAACUUGUAAUAUUUGCUUUAAAACUUUCGCAUGUAAUUCCGCGCUCGAAAUUCAUUAUCGAAGCCAUACGAAGGAGCGCCCAUUCAAAUGCACAAUCUGCGAUCGAGGAUUCUCUACCAAGGGAAAUAUGAAGCAACACAUGCUCACACACAAGAUCCGUGAUAUGUUUGGCAGCUCGGGUGGCAAUUCCGGUGAUGAGUCACGCACGCAAACUCCGCCGCAGGAUUCUAGCAACUCUACUAGCGGUGCCCCUGGAGGAGGGUUGAAAAACGCGUCCAAUCAUGCCAAUAGCCGAUUUUCGCAAUCUUACUCUCCAGCUCCUACGGAUGCAGCCGACGACUAUUCGCAACCGGGAGAACGGAAACGGGAACGGUCCAAAUCCGGCAGCUACGAUAGCACUUCGAAUGUAAUGGUAAAGCAAGAGAAGGAACACAACAGUGACGAACGCGGCUCCAGCCUUCACGCGAAUGUAUCGGAAAAUACCUCCAACAAUAAUUACCAGGAUUUCAUCAACAAAGAUGUGGACAUCAAGAAUUGGUGCCAAAAACUGAAUGAGAUGCCGGAGAAUAUCACCGCAAGCUGAUAACCUAAUUCGGGUAAUCGCAUUUUAUCUGCUUUGUAGAUGAACGGAAUCUACUGACAAAAGACGGUAAUCAUAUGCUUUUAUAGAAUUCAAACUCUGGCCAAUCAGAGCACGUUUUAGAACAAAAUGUAUCUUGUGCCCAGCAGUACAGGUAAUGAAACUAGUAAUCAAAUGUGCGAUCUCAGAUACAAUCCCAACCUUCGUUUUAUUGAUGAAGCAAACCGAAUUUGUAUUUUUAAAAUGGAAGUGUCUAUUUUUGUAAAAAAUUGUAACAUAUCAUCGAAACUUUAUAUUGAUUGUUCAGAUGUUGCACGAAGGCGUGUAAUGAUAAUGCAGGAAAGAAUAUAGACAGAUAGAAAGCGGAACACACCCACAUGCUCAGUGCAGAUUGUGUAAAAUUUGAGAUGUGUCAGAAAGUACAACUGAGCGCAAAACGACCGAAAAAGGCUAUGUUUUGUGUGAUAACUACGAAAUGAAAUGGAACGGAAUGCGAAGUUAGAAAUAACGCGAUGCUAUAAACCAAUGAUGUAGCGAAAAUUGAAUCUGGAGCAUACAGAGACUGCAAACCCUUGCGUUGUAUUCCCGUGUUUGUUCACUAUACUGUGAAGUGAAGCAACGGAACAGAAACCAACUGAAAAUUUGUUUUCAUUUGACUCAUAUUGAGGCCCAUUUAAAUAUGGGUGAAGAUGGAAGUCAUGUUUUAUAUAGAAACCACAUUAGCUAUCACGUGAGCUUAGAAGCUCUUUUAAAAGUACUGUAUGUGAGUGUGUCACUGUAUGUAUGUACCUAUAAAGAACACAUUUAAAUACUACAUUAUGCUUUAUAAAAGUCUAAAUCAAAUAAUUAUAAGUAAGUUAUAAAAAAUAAACUAAUAAUUGUAAAUGUAUAGCUACACUGAUGGUAGAAUACAAAUCGGAAGAAAUGUAAUAUUCAUGCGGUCAAAGUUGAUAUCUGGAUUAAACAAAAAAAAAGAGAGAAAGAUAGCGAAAACAACCAAUCAAAACCGACACUAUUAUGUUUUAUUCAUAGUAAAUAACAAAAUCAAUCCAUUGUCAUUUUCAUGUGGUUCCAAAAAUAUACAAUAACAUUUUGUACAUAGCUUUAAGGUUAACCAUGUUUCGGUCACCCUCUUCUUUUUCCACCUCCAAUCGUUAAACUGCUCCACUGUUUAGUUCCACUUAUUUUUUUCGUGUCCACAUUUUGUGGAUGUAUACCAGAGAAAUGAGCAAAUCUAAAUAAACAACUUUUUUGUGAUAAUUUAUGUUAUUAAGAUAUUUUAGGUAUUUAUAUUCUAUCUUUAUGACACUGUUUUUAUUGAAAAUACUGUACAGCAGCAAAAAAUGCAAUGACAAAAUAAUAUACAACCAAGAGAAAUAUUAAA